ACCUUAUCGUUGACCUGCGAUCAUAAAUCGAUCUGCUCGAGUGACGUUCGAUUGCGGAGCAGAGCAAAAGUCUGUAUGCACCUUUAUAAAAAAAGCCAACCUAUCAGAUAAGCUGUGUUAUCAAAAAGGCCUUCUCUGAUUGGUUAACGUAAAAUUAAUCACGGUUAAAACUUGACCGGUUUUUGUGCAACCGGCACUAAUAGUAAAAUCCAACUGUUAUACUCAAACCUCAUAAAAUAACAUCAAAGCUUUUAAUUCUACCAAUGCUGACCAUUUAAAGUGAAUCUAAUUAUUGGGCAAGAAUCCAGCUGAUAACAAAAUGAUGCAGAUAAAAUUUUGUUACCAGAACAUUGAACAGCUGUUUACGAACGAAUAAUAUUUUCAAUAAUAGAUAAGGUUAGGUUUUCCAUUAGAAAUCGUGGUAAGGUAACAACUCUACUCUACAGCCGUCGUUUUGUUUGUAUAAACUCAGUAAAGUUCACGUCAUGACAAUUUUAUCAAAGAAAAGAACAUUGCAAGUAAAAUCCGAUAUUGAAAACUCGGAGUCUCAAACUCAUCAUGGAAAUACAAAUCAAACUCAACCUCAUGGCAUUUCCAUUGGAUUGUUGACAAAUCAGCAGAUAAAUGAAAGACAGCAAGAUCGGCUGAGCACAGCUCAAUGGACGAGGGAGCAGGAGGCUCAUUUGGAUGAUUACAACAGUCAGAAUAGUUGUGGGCCUGGACGCAGCAGGAAGAGGCAUAGAAUCAGUUCUCAUCAAGCAGAUCGCAACUGCAAGAUUCGGGACAGAAGUGCAACGAGUUCGCUGCAAGCCGCAUCCACCGACGACCAGGAGGCCGCAGGGUGCUCCGGCUACAACAGUGGAGAUGAGUACAGUGCAAGUGCCAGCAGGAUGCAGCUCAGCGAGAUCGACAGACUCGAGAAGAGGCGAGCCUUUGAGAAGAAGUUACGCAAAUUGGGCUGGCAAAUCAAACAUAUGGAUGAAGAUGGCGCUUGCCUGUUCAGAGCUAUAGCCGAUCAAGUCUAUGGUGACCAAGAGAUGCACGAUGUUGUCAGACAGAACUGCAUGGACUACAUAGCGUCAAACCGCGAUUAUUUCUCACAGUAUGUCACAGAAGACUUCAAUCACUAUCUAGAUAGGAAGCGUUUAGUUACCACCCAUGGAAACCACAUUGAAGUGCAGGCUAUGAGCGAAAUGUACAAUCGGAAAAUCGAGGUGUACUGUUUCGAGGAAGAGCCGAUCAACACUUUCCAAGGCAAAGAGGAAAACGACAACGAGCCGAUACGCCUUUCUUAUGAGACUGGACACUACGACAGCAUUGUCGAUCCACAGAAAGCGACCAUUGGAGUUGGGCUUGGUUUGCCGAAUUUUACACCAGGUGCCGCUGAGAAGAAUCUCAUCACCGAUGCAGUUCGACAGAGUGAAGAGUUGGAUAUUGAGAAGACAAUGUUGGAUGACAAACUUCGAGCGACGGAUUGGGAAGCGACCAAUGAGGCCAUUGAAGAGCAGGUGGCGCGACAGAGCUAUGUGCAAUGGCUCAAGGACAACGAACGACUGAGUAAGGCUGCUGCUCCGACAGCGACGGCCACUGCCUCCUCCAGUGCAGCCACUGGCAGCCCCACUACUCCCUCCAGUCCCACAACACCUCUAAUACUGAACAAACAAGAAACGGCUCCGUCUUUGGAUAUGUUGCCUCCUCAGUUUGUGGGUUUGGAUGGAUGGGAAGACGCAGGAAUCCUGGCUGAAGUACUCGCCGCUUCACAACAGGAGUAUCUUGAUAAUCUUAAAAAGGCAUACACAAAUGAAUUACCUGAUGGCAAAAAACAGGAUGAUUGUAUGUGAAAAAUGAUGCACCAGUAACAGAAAGACAAAGCUCUUUGUGUUCAUACAGUGAUAAACAUUACUGAUUGAAAAUGUAUUAUUCGAACCCUUUUUACAAAGAUAAUUUCUCAACAAAAUUUGAAUGCAUGUGAUCAUUUUGUGACUUAAUUAAUUUUCCAGAUUUAAUAAUAAUGUUAAUCUGAUUUUAUUCUUUAAAUGCUUAUUCAUUUACAGCUAGUUGAUACAGAUAUGUUUACACAUUAUUGAUUCAUCAAUAAUAAUAAUAUAGAUGCUGAUUCAUAUUAUUUGCAGCUAGUUUAUUCAGAGAUAAGAAUCCUCAUGAAUGACCUCUAUUAGCUUGAGGCAGGAAAUACUUUUCAUUGAUGUGAAAUCUGUAAGCUUAGGUUACCCCUCUGGAUCUUCAACCAUGAUUUGAUUCUCUGAUAACUUGUUUUAUCGGCUGAGCUAUCAGAAAACUUAUCAAGGAAUACUUCAGAAACUUGAAUUAGUUCCUUUGUUACCACCAUUUUAGUUGAAAAUUUUUGUUAAACUAAGUUUUUGUUUGGAGUUAAUAAACUAAGAAAUCUUCAAAUUUCACAACUGACUAACAUUCUAUCAACUGAAGAUGAAUGAUGUAUUCUGUGAUAAUUUAAAAUAAGAAAAUAUUUAGUUUGGAAAAUUGAACACUUCACUUAAUGAACGAAAGAUAGAAUAAAUAAAAUUAUGAGAAUGAAAAA